UUUCCCGCCAUUCUUAUCGCAUCCCAUACGUAUUUAUACACAAACAUUAGUCUUCUCCUCUUCACUACAUCCGUUUCCAAUACAAACACACUCUUCCUAUUGUCUAAAAUCCAGAGCUAAUCAUGUCUUGCUACAAGGGAAAGUAUCAUGAUGAGCUUAUUAAGAACGCGGCAUACAUUGGGACACCGGGGAAGGGUAUUUUGGCUGCGGAUGAGUCGACAGGCACGAUAGGAAAGCGGUUGGCGAGCAUUAAUGUGGAGAACAACGAGUCGAACCGACAAGUGCUACGGCAGCUCCUCUUCUGCACUCCGGGUGCCCUCCAAUACCUCAGCGGCACCAUCCUCUUCGAGGAGACCCUCUAUCAGAAGACCUCUGAUGGCAAGGCCUUCGUUGAUGUCCUCAAGGAGGGUGGCGUCCUCCCUGGGAUCAAGGUUGACAAGGGCACCGUAGAUAUCCCUGGAACCAAUGGCGAGACUGCCACACAGGGCCUUGACGGGCUUGCAGCUCGGUGCAAGCAGUACUAUGAGGCAGGAGCCCGCUUUGCCAAGUGGCGGGCUGUCCUCAAGAUCGGACCCAAUGAGCCAUCACAGCUCGCGAUCGAUGAGAAUGCACACGGGCUCGCUCGCUAUGCGAUCAUCUGCCAGGAGAACGGGCUGGUGCCGAUUGUGGAGCCAGAGAUACUCGUGGACGGGCCCCACAGCAUCGAGAAAUGCGCGGAAGUCACCGAGCAAGUACUGGCAGCGUGCUACAAGGCUCUUAAUGACAAUAAAGUUCUCCUUGAGGGGACACUCCUGAAGCCCAACAUGGUUACCCCUGGCUCCGACGCUGAGAAAGUCGCGCCUGAGGUGGUGGCUGAGCACACAGUGAGGGCCCUGCAGAGGACAGUACCGGCAGCAGUCCCUGCAGUAGUGUUCCUGUCAGGGGGGCAGAGCGAGGAGGAGGCGACCAUGAACCUGAAUGCGAUGAACAAGCUGCAGGGUGUGAAGAAGCCGUGGAGCCUCUCCUUCUCAUACGGGCGGGCCCUCCAGCAGAGCACCAUCAGGGCCUGGGCAGGCAAGGCAGAGAACAUCGGCAAGGCCCAGGAAACCUUCCUCGCCCGGUGCAAGGCCAAUUCCGAGGCCACGCUCGGCACCUACAAAGGGGAUGCAGGCAAAGCCGAGGGUGCCUCGGAGAGCCUCCAUGAGAAGGACUACAAGUACUAAAUGAGAUUUCUCCAUUGACGUGGUCUGCUGAUCAAAAGAAUCAUUCGUUCUUUUUCCAAUUUGUUUCGCCUUCAGUAAAAAAAUUUCCCAAUAUUUUAGUUUAGAAAUAUAUCAUAAAGAACGGUUUUUCGUCGGUUCCGAAACUGUUGGCAGCUUCGGGGCUUUGAAGCCGUUUAAUGAAAACAUGUAUAUUAUGGGGCACAGCACCAGCAUGUAUCUGAGAUUAUUGGCUUGAAUACUUACAUCACAAAAUUGGCUCCAUUUUCUUUA